AUGCAAGACGACACGAUGCAGUUUGAGGAGCUUCAGGACAAGCUAAGCGAGGCCUUGGUGCAGCUACAACCUGAACAACUCCACGAGUCUACAAAAGGUAAAACUCCAAGACCACAAAGCACAGCUACACGCACUGAGUCGGAGCUUUUUGACCCGGUGACGCAGCUCAAAAGUGAAAUGGAGGACAUCAAGAAGGCUAUACGUCUUGGUGGACCGCCUGCAGUCACAGUGGUCAGACUUCUGCCCUGGUUCCUCCUGGAUCCUGAGACUCACGGAGCUCUGCCCAAAGAACUUGAUCUCCUCCUCUUCCUCCCACUGCUCAGCUCCUGGGUCUUCAACUCCCUCAUGAGGAGGUGCCCUCAGCUGCAGACUGCGCUCUGCACACUGUGGGGCGACACUGAGGUGACGGCUGCGUCCUUCCAGGCCUGGGCCGAGGACUUUAGGCAGGGUGGAGAGGCAGCACAGGCACAUCCAGUCACGGUCAUCUACAGGUCCUUCCGCCUCAGGACGGGUCCCCAACUCAGUGCAGACUCAGGACUGCCCCUGGAGGAGCCCCUGACCUGGAUUGCCCCUCUGCUGCCUGAACAGGGGUACUGCAGCCACAGUAUGCGGGGGGUCCCGUGGGGUGAGGGAGUUCAUGGAGGCGGUGUGUGA